ACUGGCUUCAAACAUCCGAUGGUCGGGCGCUAUUAUUUCGCCAUUGUUGGGCGCGAAGAUGAGGCGCUUUUUGAUUUUGAAUAUUCUACAAAUAAAGGAAAUGGACAGAAGUUUGAAGAGUUACGAUAUCUGAAUCAAUUCAUAGCACACGCCUCUUUAGACGUGAUUGAUGAUCAGAUGUGGACGGCCAACGGAACAUACCUUAAGUCAGUGGAUAAGUUUAACGAGUGGAUUGUAUCAGCAUUUGUAACACCCGGACAAUUACGUAUGGUGUUGCUCCACGAUGAACCAAACGACACACGCAUAAGAAACUUUUUCAACGACGUCUACGAAGCCUAUGUCAAGUUGGCGCUAAAUCCAUUUUUCGACCGUGCAAAGCCCAUUACUUCUCCAAGCUUCACGAAGAAAAUGCAACGGUUAACAAGCAAACAUUUCGGUUGACGAAUCCCACGUAUUGGUGCAACUGUGAUAUACUCAUCUAUUAAACUCCUAUCCGCAGUCGCCUUAUUUUGAUCGAACACUUUUUAAGGGAGUUUACUCGACUGGUCUAACGUAUUCAAUUUCUAUUCGUAUUGCGGCCUAAUACUUCAUUCUUCACCCUCACACGGAUUCCGCAUUUUUAUCGCCAUGUCCCCUAGCUCUGGGGAAAUUCAGGUAUUCAAAGUAGUUUCAGCACAGUGUGUAUUUUUGAACCUCUGAAUUACCACAGCUCAAUCUUGAGAGGGCAUCAACACGUAGAGUAAAUGUGUUUCAUGAACUA